AUGGAUCUUCUAUCUGUUCUUCCAGACUUCGUCACGAAAUCAUAUGCACAUAUCCUACCCCCACUGGAGCGAAACAAGAUCACCACCGUUGACCUCAUCACCCUCGAGACCCUCGAGAUCGCGAAACGCGCCCAUGUGCCCCCCGCAGAUGUGCGGUGCCUCUCCGCUCAGAUCAUCGAGGCCCUGCACGCCGACCUUGGAUUCGAGAGACAAGCAGACAUAGGAACGUCAUCGGAUGCCGAGCCAAGCUCAAGCAUCAAUCCGGACUCAGUCAUCAUCACCCCCGGUCCUGCUACGAAGCUCCAGGCGUCGCGAUGGAAUACGAUCAGCACUUUAGACCCUGCAAUGGAUGCACUACUGGGCGGUGGGAUACCAAUGGGAUACGUGACGGAAAUAACAGGAGAAAGUGGCAGCGGCAAGACCCAAUUCCUCCUCAGCCUCCUUCUCGCAGCUCAGCUCGCUGAGCGAAAUGGCCUACCGUCGCAGGCUGUAUACAUCUCCACCGAACACCCUCUCGCAACGAGUCGCCUCUCUCAGAUGCUUGAAUGCCACCCACAACUAUCCAGUCUCCCCGCCGACAAGACGCCGUCCCUCCAGAACAUUCUAUCCAUCAACGCGAUGGAUUUAGAGGCCCAAGACCACAUCCUCAACUACCAGCUUCCCGUCGCCAUCGCAAACUACAACGUUGGUCUGGUAAUCAUUGACUCUGUCACAUCGAAUUACCGUGCUGAACUCUCCUCCAACAAUAUCCUCGCCAUCUCCACACGCUCGACCGAGCUUGCAAAACUAGGACAGAUGUUGCGAAAUCUUGCUGCAAAGGAAAACAUUGCCGUUGUCUUAGCAAACCAAGUCUCUGAUCGAUUCGAGCCCACGGAGGGUAUCGGCGCUGACCCAGCUCAACGAUCAGGCUUUCCAUCAAUCCUGUCUCAGAGCGCUGUGGCCCGCGAAGCCGGGGCUGCAUCGCCGCUGCAGAGGACCAGAUCGGAUAAUACAGACCAACUGUCCCAGUAUAGCCAAGGGCCUUCUUCAUCUCAGGCUAUUCCAUCAUCGCCAUAUCAUGCUCCAGACGAUGAGAAAUUUGACGGCUCAUAUAUCAUUGAAAACCCGGCUCGGAAUAGUAUCCUGAGCCUGGUACAUCAGGAGCGUUUCUUUACCGGAUGGGGCGAUGGUUCGUACUUCGAGAAGAAUCUCAAGACCCCGGCUUUGGGCUAUUUUUGGUCGACACAAAUUGCUUGUCGUAUUGCAUUGAAGAAGGAAGAGAGACGCACAGCGGCCGCACCCUGGGAUAGUGGCGAUGCGUACUAUCCGGUGCCUACUCCCACAGAGAAAGAAGGCUCUAAAGAGAACGGCGUGGAAGGAAAAAACAGUCAGUACAACACUGUGAUUUCCUCGGCCCGUGACACCCAAGCAGCAGAAUCUGAGGCUGGGUCUGAGUUGGCCGAAGACAAGGACCAGCCACCAAGCUCCCUUAAGAAGGUGCCUUCGCAAAGAGCCAUGGAGCCUCCUGCAAUUGAAUAUAGCACACGACGGACUAUGAAGCUCGUUUUUGCGCCUUGGACCGCUGGUACAAAAGAGCCAGCCCCUGGCAAGACCCAAGACCUAGGACAGGCCGAAGACAAAGGGAUUACAGAGGUGGAAUUCGAGUUAUGGAAAGGAGGGAUACGGAGCAUACUUCCCGAUAAUUAA